GGCAGUUCGUCCCUGUGGCGGUGACCGCGCGGGGCUUCCGCGUAGGGUGUGAGGUCCGACCGCCGCCACUCAGUCGCCCGGCGCCCUGGUGUCAUCCCGCUCGUCUCUGCGUUAGUGCCUUUGCGUCGCGGGUGGUCUAUCCUGCAGCGAUUUGGGAGAUAGACUGUCGGUAUGUACUGUGGGUAGCGGCGGUCCCUCGAAUCUUCGGUGGGAAGUGCGUCGUGUGGUCGUCUCCGAUCUGUGGCCAGUGAUAGAAGGUUUCGUGCUAUUCUCAACCAUGGUGAGCUGUGGAAGGCGCCGCCUCAUGCUGGCUGUGGCGUUGCUGUGCGUGUUGGUAGUGAUCAAGCUGUGGCUUGUGGCAGACCCGAACCCGAACGCGAGUCCCGUGUUCGUGGUCACUCCUCGCCGCGGCCAGGGCGGGCGCACGCAUGCGGCCUCGAAGGAACUGCAGACGCAGACGGGGAUGGAAGUGCCACCUGAACGUCUCUGGCACCUGGAUCUCAAAGGAGGCGCUCCGCUCGUGCCCUUCAUCGAGGGCAUGAUGAGCCUGGCGGCGCGGGCGGGGGCCACGGGCGUUCUCCUGGAGUGGGAGGACAUGUUCCCCUUCACGAGUCCUCUCGCCGAGCUGUCUGCGCACAACGCCUACAGCCUGCAGGACGUCGCGCGCAUCAUGCAGGCCGCGAAGGGCGCCGGCCUAAGUGUGAUCCACCUGGUGCAGAGUCUCGGCCACAUGGAGUACGCCCUCAAGCAGCAGAAGUGGGCGGACCUGCGCGAGGGAGAGAGCCCGGGGGAGGCGUGCCCCACCAAUCCUGGGACGGCGCGUCUGGUGCUGGAGGCCGUCGACCAGAUCAUGACGGCAGCGCCAAGCCACUUCCUUCACAUCGGCGCCGACGAAGUGUUCACGCUGGCCCAGUGUCAGCGGUGCCGCUCGAAGGGCGUGGCGCCGCUCCAGCUAUACGUGGACCACGUGGCCCAGGUGGCCCGCUCGGCCAAGGCCCGGUGGGACGUCAAGGUGCUGAUCUGGGACGACAUGCUCCGCCACGCGUCGUCCACGCUCCUGCACUCGCUGGCGGGCUUGGUAGAGCCCGUGGUGUGGGCGUACGGGCCGGACGUGACCCGCAUGGUGCCGCCCUACAUCUUGCGUGCCUACGCGGCGGUCUUCCCCAGGGUAUGGUUGGCGCCGGCCUUCAAGGGGGCCACAAACCCCCGGUCUGUGAUGCCCAACAUUGCGCGCCACGCGGCAAAUACCCUGGCGUGGGUACAGGAAGGGCAGCGCAUGCGUCGCCACGCGGGUUUGCACGUCGCGGGCAUCAUCAUAACGGGAUGGUCCCGCUACGACCACUUCGCCGUCCUCUGUGAGCUGCUGCCUUCGUCCACCCCGUCUCUCGUGUUGACGAUGCUCACGGCGUCCCGGGGGUUCCUGACGGCAGCAACCCUACGGGACGCGCACACCCUUCUUCAGUGUCCGCCACACGUCGUACUCGACCCAGCCCGCGACCCUCAGCUGUGGGCCGCCCGGGACUGCGACUUCCCUGGCGCCAACCUCGCCGACCUCAUCCACCGCUACGUCAGUCUGAGGGACAACAUCAAACUGGUGGCUCGGGAAGCGGAGGAGGUCGGCGCGUGGUUCACGCCCUACAACAUUCGCCACAACUUCUCUUCGCCGUCGCGCCUGCGGACGGCCACGAGAGACCUCCCGACCCUCAUGUCGACGCUAGCAGACCUGUUCGCAGAGGUUCGAGCAGUCCUCCCGCAGUACCACAACGCCGCCACGGUGGACGAGUGGAUCGAGCAGCACCUUCUGCCCCUCAAUCAGACGCUCUCGCGAUUCAACCAUUCGUUCAACGCCCUGAUGAAGGUGAAGACGUGGCCGAGGAGACCCCUUGGGAGAAAGAUACCGCCGCCCACAUGAGCAGACGGGGCGAAGGCGUUUCCAGUGCGAGAAGCAUGAUCCUCGUCCCGCGGGAAGGAGGAUCGAACUCUCCUUAUACAGACUUAGGAUUUAUAUAGAUUCAGGACGCGACGACCUUGAACUUGUCAGCGUCACGUGAUGCGAACGACACCUGCAACUGACACGCUUAUAUGGAAACUUUACUGAGUAGUGCUGUUAUCAUCUUUUUGACCAUAUUUAUUAUGACAUUGCAGUUGUUAUUACCGUUGUUACAAUAUUGUUAUUAUCUUGCUGCCGUCAUAAUCGUUGUUAUCCUCUCUGCCUUUCAUAGCAGUGGUACGCUGUGUUUUAAUAUAAUUUCUAAUCAUCUUAGAAAUAUUGCUCUUAUUAUUCUUAUCACUAUUAUUUUAAUCAUUAUUGUUAUUAUCAUCUUCAUGAAAAAAGGUUAUCAGUGUUAUUUAUGCUAUUAUCAUGAUUAUUCUUGGUUGUUCACGGUUAUUCAUGGUUAUUAUCAUAAUCAUUGUGAAACGUGAAUGUGAUACGAUUUUGGCAAAACUAAUUGUGUUCAAUAUUGCAUUUAAACAAACCUUAUAACCUUA